AUGCUGCCGAAGGCCCAGCAGCGGCCACCCUGCUCCGUGUUGCCGCGACGCCCCCGGCUCCGGCGGGCGCCCUCCGCCCUGCUCGGCACCGCCCCGCGGGCAGGGGCGCGGGCGCGCAGCGGGGGCGUGGGGGGCCGGGGUCAUGCUGCGGGCGGGCCCGCCUUCCCUCUGCCGGGGUGCGGAAACCUCCCGCCGCCUCCCCGGCGGCUCCCGCGCCCGCGGGGCCGGGGGGGACUGUCCCGGAUGGAAACCCGAGGAGCUGCCGAAAAUCCUGAGUCCGGAAGAAGAACUCAGCUAACAUGGACAGUAUUACCUCAAGGCUUUAAGAAUAGCCCCACUAUCUUUGGAAAUCAAUUGGCAAAAGAGCUUGAAACUUGGGUACCUCCAGACAAUGAAGGAAUCUUGUUACAAUAUGUGGACGAUCUCUUAAUAGCUACUGAAACCAGGAAAAGUUGUAUUCGAUGGACUGUGAAUCUUCUUAAUUUUUUGGGUUUAAGUGGAUAUCGAGUCUCUCAACAGAAAGCCCAGCUGGUUCGACAGCGUGUGACCUACCUGGGACUUGAAAUCUCGGGAGGACAACAGGAGCUUGGGACUGAGCGAAAAGAAUCCAUUUGCCGAACCCUGGAGCCCCAAACGGUAAAAGAGCUGCGGACCUUUCUGGGAAUGACAGCCUCUUUUCUUAGUGGAACUUUGGAUGAACCAGUGACACAUGACUGCAUAGAAACAGUAGAAGCUAUAUAUUCCAGUCGACCAGACCUCAAAGAAGAACCUCUGGAGGAUGCUGAAAACUCCUGGUAUACCGACGGGAGUAGUUUUAUAAAACAGGGACAACGUAAAGCAGGAUAUGCAAUCACAAUCACCCAACAGGUAAUCGAAUCUAAGUCAUUGCCUUCUGGAACUUCAGCCCAAAAGGUGGAGAUAAUUGCCCUUACCUGAGCAUUGGAAUUGGCAAAAGGGAAAAAGAUAAACAUUUGGACAGAUUCUAAAUAUGCAUUUGGAGUAGUUCACGCUCACGGUGCAAUUUGGAAGGAACGAGGAUUGCUAACUGCUCAAGGAAAGCAAAUAAAACAUGCAGAAGAAAUCUUAAAACUAUUAGAAGCCGUGAAGCAACCAGAAAAGGUAGCUAUCAUGCAUUGUCGAGGACACCAGAAAGGAAACACAGAUUCAGAAAUUGGAAAUCGACUAGCAGAUUAUGAGGCUAGGCGGGUGGCAGAAGAAGU